UUUUUGUUUACAUGUGCACUUUUUUGAAACCGCAGAUCGCAGUUCUAGAUCUGUUAUCGUGAUUUUAUUUCUAAAAUUCCCGUGAGUGUUCCAAUAUUUUUACAAUCCUGCUAGUGAUUUAGUGCUCUGUUGUGUGCCCUCCGAAAUGGAUCGGAUCCAGUUGACGUACAAUUUCGACAACAGCUGUUACUAUGACGAGGAGAAGAAAAUCCGCUUCGAACCACCGGUCUACGAGCAGCGGUACCUGAUAGUUCUGCGGCUGCUGGAGCUGGACUUUUGGCAGAGUUCGUUCAAGAAAGUCGUCGAAUUUGGCUGUGCCGAAAUGAAGUUUUUCACAUUGCUAAAAACAUUGCCUUCUGUUGAACAGAUACUGCAGGUAGACAUCGAUGAGGAGUUGCUCAACAAAUGGCAACACAGCGUAAGGCCGUUGUUCGUAGAUUUUAUCCAAAGACGACAGAAUCCGCUAUCCGUCGAAGUAUGGCGUGGAAGCAUAUCCAGCGCUCACGAAUGCCUGAAAGACACAGAUGUAGUGGUAGGAAUCGAAAUCAUAGAACAUCUGCACGCGGACGUCCUGGAGGGCGUUCCGGAGAACGUGUUCGGUUUCAUGCGGCCCAAGGUGGCCAUGUUCAGCACACCAAACGCCGAGUACAACGUUAUGUUCGACGGUCUGCUGGAGAACGGAUUCCGGCACGAUGACCACAAGUUCGAGUGGACGCGGGCCCAGUUCGCCGAAUGGUGUGACGACAUCCUCCGGCGGUAUCCCGACUACUUGGUGAAGUACUUCGGUAUAGGUCCUCCGCCGAAGGAUCACCCGGACGAUAUAGGGUUUGUUAGUCAGCUGGCUGUGUUCGUGAGGAAAGACUUCCUCGAUGAGCUGGAAGUGCUGAGCAUUGGGCAGGACAGUGAGCCGGUAGCCGGCGGAAGUAGUGCCGAGGGCGGCACAAACCCUCCGGAUCCGCCUCCAUCGGAACCGGCACAACCUGAGUCCAAAAUCUAUUUCGACGAGGAAGCUAGAGAGAUUGUCGUAGCCAGAGAUGAAGACGAAGCUGAACAGGCGGAAGUGCAAAAUGUGUUACCUGAGGUAGGGGUCUUCCGUGAUGACCUGGAAGAUCUAGAAUCUCCAGAAGCAUUUGAAGAUUUCGAAGGAAGUGACCACGAUGAGCCCAAUGCAAGGAUGAUAGACUAUUACAUUCCGGUUGAGCGAUCGCGUAACGAUAGCGGUAAUUACGACGAUGAACCAUUGGAUCCCAGCAGUCAUGAUUAUAAACUGCUUUACAACGUGGACUAUCCGGUUCAGGAUCCGGAUAAUAGAAGUCGUUCGGAAAAGUUGUUGGAUGAAGCAGAGUACCAAAUUCGGCGGUUGAAAUUCCUCGAGGAAGAAUACUACAACUACGAGCAGAAUCAAUAUCAAAUACCGUUACAAUUGGUAGCCGAUUGCAUGGUGCAGUUGACUCCGACUCUGGAAGAGUUGAGGCCGAUUCUGACGAAUGCAUCUUACCGUAUAUCGGACCAGAAUAUGGUGCUCGUAACGGGCGAGGACGAAUCGGUGGGGAGUGACGAUGACUUCGAGUAUGAUUUGCGGGACGAUGAUGAUAAUGGUCCGGCGUUUGGUGAUGGCGAGGAUCGAUGGCCAAAUGAAGAAGAACAGGCAGCGGCUGCCAAGAGCGAAGACUCAGCGCAAGGUACUUCGUUUCAGGAAGACGAAGAACUAUGGGAUUGAUGAAUGAAUGAGGUUGCUGUUCAUUGUGUAACUGCGUCAAUAAAAAUCAUGCUAAUGCA